UCUCUCUUGAUCUGAUUGCAACUAGUUGUGGUCUUCCUCUAAAUGGGGUUAGGAUCCAGAAGCUUUUAUCUCCUCCACUCUCAUAUUACUAGACCAUGCUCUCUAAGUAGAAGAGUGAUGUUACACUUAGGGAAGUGAUACAUUUAGGGAAGUAGGAUAUCUGUCCUUCCCAGUGUUUCUCAAAUUGAGAAAUGUAUAAGUCCAUUAAUACUUGUUAACAUAACUUUAGGGAUAUUUUUAUUAUAGUAUUCCUGAAAUGUGUGCCAACAUAAAACUAUGCCUACAGCUUUUAUAGAACUAUAAAAUGUACUGUGAAUUGAGGAUUGUUUUGCUGAAUCUAAGUCACUGCUCAUGACAUGGGUAAUGUUAAGACUGUAGCAGUGAUAGGAUGUGGAUGGGGGUGCGGGGGGUGCCUAUGCAUUGAGAAGUGAUCCUAGUCUCUCCCACCCUCACCUUAGCAAGACUGUUGUAGAGCCACUGUGCCUGCAGAGUACUAUGAUGUCACAUGGCCUUCGCUAGAACUGAACACAAUUAUAAAGUCAUCUUUGCGUAGUAGCUUGUAACACUUAAGGUAUAACCACUUGGGAAUCAAUGCAAUGAAUUCUGACUUGGUUAAAAGGUGCUAAUGCUGUUUUUGUUUUUUUAAGAUUAUGGCUGAAAUAAAAACAUUUAGGCACUGUCAGCGCUCAGAGGCGGACAGAAACACUGUCCUGGUAGGGUAGAAUGUGAGAUUCACUGGGGGCCCUAGCUGCACCAGCUAUGCCUCUGGGACAGUGAGCAGCCAUCGGAAUCUCCCUCCCAGUGCUGUGGUGAGAACACAUAGGAAGCAAGUAAGUCUCUUAGCUUAAAGCCAGCCAUGAAGUCGGUGUUCAAUGAGCCUUUUUGCUGCUGUGAGUGAAGAAGUCAUAAAUAAAAGAGGAAGGAUUCAGGGUUUGAACAAUAUAGUCUUUAAGUGUGUUUUUAGAGGAAAAGUAGAAUGAGGAUUAUCAGUGGAGGAGUUUGACCGCUGCCUCUUGCUCAUUUUAUUUGUCCAUUAAAAAUUUUGCACACACUUCUGUGCUGUGCUUUUUGCUAAGGUCUAGCACUGUGCAGAAAAAAUUUUGUUGAAAUAGUUUUGCCCCACAUGUCUUAUCAGAGCAAUAGGCAUCAUCUAGCAACUUGAUGUGAAUAGGGGAAACAAAUCUCCAGGAAAACGUCCGAAUAUUCAGAUGGUUGUAAAUAAACUUACCCAAUGUUUAUUCCCAAGAAGGAAGAACUGACACAGGAUAGCCCACAGGAAUGACAGAAGUGCCUCUUCUGAAGUAGAUCCUCUCUAGCACCCAUGAGGUAGGUUUGGGAAGCCACUGAGUUUUUGAGGUAAAAAUGAAAGCUCUUCCUGUGAGCCAAGCAUGGGAAUAUCCAUGUGUGGCACUGAAAUUGGCCUAAGUGUGACUUAUAUGUUAAUAAUUACCCUAGCAAUUGUCCAAACUACUUGGUUUCACCAGACUGCAAGCAGUCCACCUGCAGAGGAGUCUCCAGAAAACAGCAUGUUCCCUUUGCUUUUUGGAGCUGGACUGGUAGUUUUGAACCUAGUGACUUCUGCUAGGAGCCAGAAGACAGAACCCCUCAGUGGCUCUGGGGACCAGCUGCUUUUUGAUGGAGCGGAUAGAUCUGACUUUGCCAUCAUGAUCCCUCCAGGAGGCACAGAAUGCUUCUGGCAAUUUGCCCGCCAGACUGGCUAUUUCUAUUUCAGUUAUGAGGUGCAGCGGACAGUGGGAAUGUCACAUGACCGGCAUGUUGCUGCCACUGCACAUACGCCACAGGGUUUCCUCAUAGACUCCUCUCAGAAUGUUCGGGGCCAGAUUAACUUCUCUACCAAAGAGACAGGUUUUUAUCAGCUUUGUCUAAAAAAUCAGCAAAAUCACUUUGGUUCUGUGCAAGUGUACCUCAAUUUUGGAGUCUUCUAUGAGGGGCCUGAGAUGGACCACAAACAGAAGAAUGAAAGAAAGCGACUGAAUGAUACUCUGGAUGCAAUUGAGGAGAGUACAUGGAAGGUGCAGAACAAUAUCUUUCACAUGUGGCGAUACUACAACUUUGCCCGCAUGAGGAAAAUGGCUGACUUUUUCCUUCUCCAAUCAAACUAUAACUAUGUGAACUGGUGGUCAGCAGCUCAGAGCCUUGUUAUUGUUCUUUCUGGAAUCCUGCAGCUGUAUUUCUUGAAGCGUCUCUUCAAUGUCCCAAAGACUACAGACACAAAAAAGCCAAGAUGCUAAGCCACGAUGACUACAGCACCCUAGCUCUUUUCUUCUGGGGCAGAAGCUUUGUCAAAGCUUCAGUCAAAUGAGCUUUAUAAAGUUAUUGGAAAAAAAAUCAAUUUAUCUUGUUAGAACAUCUUAGUCUAUUAUUUUCCUUUCCUUUCCAAUUUGCCUCAAAAUGGCAAUAAAAUAAUGUGCAACUUU